AUGUCAAACCAAAUAUACUCUGCAAAAUAUUCAGGAGUAGAGGUUUAUGAGUUCAUUCAUCCCACUGGUUCCAUAAUGAAGCGAAAAAAGGACGGUUGGGUCAAUGCAACGCAUAUACUGAAGGCGGCGAAUUUUGCCAAAGCUAAAAGAACAAGAAUAUUAGAGAAAGAAGUGCUUCCUGGGACACAUGAAAAGGUUCAAGGUGGAUUUGGGAAAUAUCAAGGUACCUGGAUACCAUUAGAAUCCGCUAUUGCACUAGCUGAGAAAUUUGCUGUGUAUCAGGAAUUAAAACCCUUAUUUGAUUUCACACAAACGGAUGGCUCAGAGUCUCCGCCACCAGCUCCAAAACAUCAUCAUGCGUCAAGGACAGAUAGUUCAAGAAAAAAAGCUACGAAAAGUGCUAGCAUGUCUGCAUUAAGCGAUAAAAGACUAAAUAGCUCCAAUUCUGUUACACCUGUUUCAGAAAAUGGACAGACUCCCUUAACAGUAGUAAACCCAAUGGUAUCAAGAAAGAGAGGUAGACCUCCUAAUACUAUCAAGGCAAAGAGAAGGUUAGGUGUAGGUGGACCAACUUUGCAGAGAUCUCAAAGUGAUAUGAAUUUCCCCAGACCUAAUAUACCGAAUUCUUCAAUAACGACAACACAGCUACCUACGGUUAAAUUGACAGGGAGAUUAGAUACAUUAGAAGAACAUAGAAAUGAGGCGAAGUACAAAGAGUUAGAUAUAGACGAUGGUUUAUCGAGCGAUAUUGAACCAACAGGAAAUACCCACAACGCUAUCGAAUCCCAUCACAUCCCUUCAGGCCUUCACAGAGGGUCUGUGCCAUCAGUAGCAUCAUCUCCCUCUUUACCCACCUCUCCAAGUGAUUUUUCAGAGGCUAAUGCAUUUGACCAACAGCACUUUGGUAGUGCGGGCACAUCACCUACAAUUUCCUUGAUUCCAAGAUACUCGCUAACGCAAACGCGUCUGCGCACCUCAGAUAUCAAUGAUAAGGUGAACAGUUACCUAUCAAAGCUAGUGGAUUAUUUUAUUUCAAAUGAAAUGAAAUCGGACAAAUCAGUACCACACGAGUUACUAACUCCUCCAGAGCACAGUGCCCCAUAUAUAGACACCCCAAUAGACCCAGAAAUGCAUACUGCAUUCCAUUGGGCAUGCUCCAUGGGGAAUUUACCAAUAGUUGAAGCAUUAUAUGGCGUUGGAACAAGUAUACGAUCAAUCAAUUCGCAGGGACAGACACCUUUAAUGAAAAGUUCUCUUUUUCAUAAUUCAUACACCAAGAGAACUUUCCCACGCAUUUUCCAAUUAUUACAUGAAACUGUUUUUGAUGUAGACUCCAAUUCACAGACUGUUAUUCACCAUAUCACAAAAAGAAAAUCAUCCACGCCAUCAGCUGUCUAUUAUUUGGAUAUAGUGUUGUCAAAAUUGAAAGAUUUUGCUCCACAGUACAGAAUAGAAUUACUAUUAAACUCACAGGACUCUAAUGGUGAUACAGCAUUACAUAUUGCCGCUAAGAAUGGUGAUAAGUCGUUUUUUAACACUUUGAUCAAGAACGGUGCAUUAAGUACUAUUCCGAACAAAGAAAAUCAAACGCCCGAUGAAAUCAUGAAUAAACAACAGCAGAAGCAUUUAUUGUUGUUAGAAGGUCAGAAUAAUAGUGUGCACAAUUUAAAUACUAAUGAUGCGGCAAUGGAUGACACAUUGAUGUCACCAAGUGAUUUUAUUAUGUACCCAUCCCAAGCUGCAACAAGGUUUUCUAGAGGCAUACCAAAUAUAGUAUCAUCUUUGAAGGACAUUGCAGAGCUAUAUAAUACCAAUUACCAAAAAAGGGAAAACUAUAUCAAAAAUGUUAACAAGACUAUAAAGAGCAUAGACAAUAGCAUUAAAAAAAUAGAUACUAGAAGCUUGGAAAUAUUGAACGAUGGGAGGGACUUGGAUUUGAAAUCCAGUUUGACAAUCAAACAGAAUGAGGUAAACGAAAUGAAAAAUAAAAUAUUUAAGUUAAAAAAUGGCUUAAGGAAUAGACUUUUAAAGAAUGAAAAUAAUAAAUUAGCAAAACUCCUUGAGUCAGAAAAAAAUAUUAAUGAGGGACAAGGGGAAAAUAUGGACAAAUUAGGUCUUUCUCUGGAAUUGACUAAAUACCAAUUGAGAAAGAAGGCGAUGCUGGAUACAAUCGUUCGUUUAAUGAGUGAUAACUCCAAGACCCAGAAAUAUAGAAGAAUGAUCAGUGAAGGCACUGAAAUCUCACCAGAAGAUGUCGACCAGUGCCUGGAUGUAAUAUUAGAAAGUUUGACUGGUAUUGGUAACAAUGACGGCAAUACCAAUGACAAACAUGAUAACGCAUAG